CCUGCAGAGUAUCCAGACAACAGCAAGAAAGUUAGACAAAGAAAGUUCUUGGCAUGGCAGACAUGGGACCUGUUAAGGCUGAUGGUUUAUGGCUUCCUGGAGUUCUGCAGGUGGUUUAAUACAGAAUAUCCAGACUAUUUUGUCAGCCCCCUGCGAAUAAAUGGCAGCUCCAUCGAGUCUGUAUUUAGUGUGCUCAAAUUUGCUGCUGGCGGUAACCUCUCUGCCAGCAAUUAUGGUUCAUUCAGAGGAAGAAUCAUAGUUGGAAGAGAAGUUAUUGCCAACAGCAACUCUGAGCAUGGUUACAGGGAUGAUGUAAUCCUUGUAUCAGGGUCACUCAUAAGUACAAGUGGUAAUUCUGGAUCAAGAUCAUCUUACUCAGUUCGUCUGGUGUACGAUCCUUUGGGCAUCACUGGUUCAAAGCAGUUUUCCCUUUCUGCUAACCUUAGCCAGUCAACCGUUGGUGGCCGUCAAGGAAGUAAUGCAUGUACCCUUAUUGCUUCGCUGUUUGGCUUUCAGUUUGGCAAACAUGGUCUGCCAGAGUUAACUGCAAGCACCCUACCAAGUCAGUGGUUUGAAGUACUGGCUCAGGCAAUGUUCGAAGGAAAUGCUCUGCAUGAUCUGCUGUUUGAUGGAGAGGCUAGAAAUCUUGACAUAGAAGAUGCUGUGGAGAGCUGUGGAGAUGAUAUUCAUAUUUCAAGUUAUGAUCAAGCCAUUGGGUUUGAUUAG